AGAAGUCUAUAAAUAAAGUCCCUCUUCCUCGCUGCUUCCUCAGAUUUUAAAAGCUUACAGUUAAGCACUACAACCACCAACAUGGAAGCUGCCACCAGCUCUCUGGUUUUCAGGCCGCCAGUUUCAGGCCACCGGGUCUCCAGGCAAAGUUCCGGCCGGCUGUGCGUGCAAGUGGUAGCUGCAUCAAGAAAAGACGCCAACAGUCGGGAAUUCAGCAGCAAGAUUGUCGACGAGAACAUGAUCGUUCUGAGGAUGAGGAUUAAUGAAAUGAAGAUGGUGGAGCGGAACCAGGAGGCCCCCGCGGACUGGAUGGAGUGGGAGAAGAGGUAUUAUGCCUCAUAUGAUUCCGAUGUAUGCAAAGGGGUGGGCAUGCUGCAGACGUUUUUGAUGAACACAAGGCCCAGCGUGGCUCUGGGGAUGCUGGCGCUGCUGGGAUUCAGCGUCCCCUCUUCUGUUUUCUUGCUGUUGAUCAACUUGAUAGAAGUAGGAAAGGGGGUCGCAGAUCUUGCUACUCUCCACUAGAAAACCAUUUGCAUGCUCUUGGACUGAUGUACUGCUUAAUUAUUCGCUGUUCAAUACAAAAAUUUUCUAUGUUCCCAAUGAAGUUCUUAGUGUUCUGUUUC